UCUGAAGAUAUAAAAGCUACAGUCAAGGAACAUGUCAUUUAGCACCUUCACUUUUUGAUCCCUACAGAAGACAACGAGAAGUCAGAUGGUAACAAUGACGACAACUUCAGUCAGCAGCUGGCCUUGCUCCUCCCAGGGAGUGCACUUUAUAACUAAUCACAGCGUCCAAUGGCCACACAACUUCUCAGGAGCCUCAAAUUUUACUGCCUGUUCCAUGGAUGAAAAAUUACUCUCUAAUGUGUUAACAACAUUCUACUCUGUUAUUUUCAUCUUGGGCCUCGUUGGAAACAUAAUUGCCCUCUAUGUAUUUCUGGGUAUCCACCGCAAAAGAAAUUCCAUUCAGAUUUACCUACUCAAUGUAGCCAUUGCAGACCUCUUACUUAUCUUUUGCCUCCCUUUCCGAAUAAUGUAUCACAUUAACCAAAACAAGUGGACACUAGGUGUGAUUCUUUGCAAGGUUGUGGGGACACUAUUUUAUAUGAACAUGUACAUUAGCAUUAUUUUGCUUGGAUUCAUCAGUUUGGAUCGCUACAUAAAAAUUAAUCGGUCUAUACAACAACGGAAGGCGAUAACAACCAAACAGAGUAUUUAUGUUUGCUGUAUAGUAUGGAUAAUUGCUCUUGCUGGAUUUUUAACUAUGAUUAUUUUAACCCUUAAGAAAGGAGGUCAUAAUUCCACAAUGUGUUUCCAUUAUAGAGAUAAGCAUAAUGCAAAAGGAGAAGCAAUUUUUAACUACAUUCUUGUGGUAAUGUUCUGGCUAAUUUUCCUACUAAUAAUCCUUUCAUAUAUUAAGAUUGGCAAGAAUCUAUUGAGGAUUUCUAAAAGGAGGUCAAAAUUUCCUAAUUCUGGCAAAUAUGCCACUACAGCCCGGAAUUCCUUUAUUGUGCUUAUCAUUUUUACUGUAUGUUUUGUUCCCUAUCAUGGCUUCCGAUUUGUCUAUAUUUCUUCACAGCUAAACAUGUCGUCUUGCUAUUGGAAGGAAAUCGUUCACAAAACCAAUGAGAUCAUGCUGGUUUUCUCAUCUUUUAAUAGCUGUUUAGAUCCAGUCAUGUAUUUCCUGAUGUCCAGUAACAUUCGCAAAAUAAUGUGCCAACUUCUUUCUAGACGGUUUCAAGGGGAAGCGAGCAGGAGUGAAAGCACUUCAGAAUUUAAACCAGGAUACUCCCUGCAUGAUACAUUUGCUGCAGCUAAAAUUCAGUCUAUUUCUUAAAGCACUUACGGUAAACAUAUUAUAAAGAAUGAUAAAAUACAGCCUAAUUCCUUGAAGAACAAAAAAUUAUGAA